AUGUCAGCAGGCGUUGCUAAAGUUAUUCAGCACCCGACUUUAAACAAAAAUCGCAAAAGUUGUUUUGAAAUAACAAAUGUUGCUUUUCAAUCGCACUCUGACGACGAAAGUGGGGAUGAUAACGUGAGCUCCAGUUACACGGAUUUUGAAGAAGACAAGGACUCGAAUGGUUUUAAUUGUAGCAUGAUUGUACCAGGCAAAAACAAAAACGAUCAUCAUAUGAUCUCUUCUGCUUCUACCAACGACGUUCAAACCAAGUGCAAGUCAAGAUUUAAAAUCUUUAAAUUUAAAGCAGCUAGAGGUAGAUGGAAAUGUUUUGAUUUUGCAGACAAUGAUUCUUUUCAUGCUAGUUACUCUGUUGCUAACCUGAGCGAAGGUCUUUUUGAAAACACUACUGAAUGGAUUAACACUAAUGGAUCAUCUAAAUCUUCUGCAUCUAACAUUAACAUUAAUAAGACAAUUCUUUCUACCUCAUUAAAUUGUCAACAGGUCUCAUGCACACCUCCACUUCAAUCUCAAAAUUUAAAUGAAGCAAAAAUCAUCACCGUGGCUCCUAUUGAAACAAGAAAAGAUUUAGUUGAUCAUUCAAACAGUGGUCUAAACUUUCCAAAUCCCUCUUACAAACUUUUACAUCCUAUCUUGAAUGAUGAUACGCAUUUACCAUAUAAUAGUUUCAGUUUGAAUUGUAGUAGCGUGCAAGUUUUGAAUAAUGCCAUACAAGUACAAAUUAAUGACAUCACGCUACAAAACAAUGUGAUUCAAAAUGAAAAUAUUCUUGGGACAAGCCUAGUUAACAAUGUUGUCAUUCCAAAUGAUAGCUUCACAUUACCUGUUAUAAAUUCUGAAUGCCAAAUGGUGAAUGUUGUUAAUCCUUCGAUUAUUGACAUGCCUUCGACAUCUAGUGAUAUUUUAAAUGACUGUAUCAAUCAAAACAUUGAAUACCUCAAUCCUUUGUUAUGCAGCAAUGCUUCAAAUGAACUCAACAAUCCACAUUAUAUUGAUUAUGCCACUCCUUUAAUAUGCAGUGAUAUUUCUAAUGACCGGAACAAUCAAAAUGUCAACCAAAAUGAGCUUCUUGUCGAUGUUGAAACUCCGGUGCAAUGUGAGAUUAGUGAAAAAAUAUCUCAAGCCUUAGAUCUUGCCAAAGAGCACCUCAUCAUUACAACAAACGAGACAGUAGAAAACCUUCGUUUGGAGAUCACAAAUCUGCUGUCAACAAUUCACCUCUUACAAGAGGAAAACAGACAGCUACGAUGCAGUAGCAACCAAGUUCAACAGCAACCAGAAUCACAACAAACAUUGCCAACAUCGCCAGUAUCUGUCCUUACUGACGAGCACGUUCCUGUAGGAGACUUAAUUGACCUCAGCGACCUCUAA